UUUUUAAGACGUACUUGUGUUAUGAGUGCCGUAAAACUCUUACUACAACUAAACAAAAAGUCAAACUAAUUCAUGACUUUUGGCUCUUCUUGUUGCAGAAUCUGGAGGAGAUCUUACCACAAGUCCCGCAGAGACGAUGGCGCGACCUAUCAGUGUGUUCGUCUGUGUGUCGUUGGUCUGUGUGUGCGCCGCCGGCCAAACCAUUCCGACGUUCGAGGAGUUCCUGUCACAGCAGACGGAGAUGAACCGGAAGAGAGUCGAACAGGCGGAAGUACGUCAUCAACUUCUCGAGCAGCUAGGGGAUUUCCCCUUUUCCGCUCGCCAGAUCUUUGAAGCAUAUUUUAGAACCCAACAAAGCGGUGCCCAAGUUGGUGGGGAGAAGCCCCCUCAGAAAGGGAGAAAUGUUGAGAACGUAAACGUUGCAGCUAAUGCUGUACGGGACUAUAAGAUUGGCCAAGAUUUAGGUCAGAAACCGACAGUCGUUUCUUCAAACGGACGGUCGGAAUCUCGCUUUUUGUCGUCUGUGACGGAUAGAUGUGCCCGUGACGUCAUGGCUCUGGUGGACGGGGUGGAGAAAAGUGCGCCGUGGUCACUGGUAAUGCUGGACUCGGCCGGACGGCCUGGACCCGGCUUCCUGAAAGGGAGGUUAUUCUGGUCAGGUUACUAUGACGAAUGUGUGGCGGUGAAGGCUUCUUAUUACGAUAUACUAGGGACGGGGCGAUUUGACGGCCGGUACUGUCGUGUUGGUCUGGAGUUGUAUAUCCCGAAACUGCCGAAGAUCCCUGUGAGUCACUGGGGCUUGUGUUUCCCCGAUUCGUGCGGGGAUGAGGAUGUGAAGGACGUGCUGUCCACAGCUCUGAAACAACUCAACUACACCAAGUCUGUCAAAGUGACCGGUGCGACGUGUCAUCACCCGCUCCCACUUUCCACCCGCUGCAUCGCCGUCAUCGCUCUCGUCGCCGUUUUCGUUUUCCUGGUGGUGGUGGCUACACUUGUGGACCUUCUGCUCAUCCAGUGGCCGAUGUGGAGGCUCGAGGCGAUUAACCGGAGAGGGGAGGAGGAGCGGCUGACGGAAGAGCAGGACAGUAUCGUUGCCCAGACCGAGGCGGACAUCGCUAUGCUGAUCGUCAACACGGAGUACAAAGACGGCAUGUACAGACCAGGCCGGGCUGUCAAACUCUUGCUCUCCUUCUCUGCAUGGUCCAACAGCUUAAAGAUCUGGAACACCCACCAACCGCGCGGCUGCCUCAAGUGCGUGAACGGUAUCCGCGUGAUCAGCAUCAGCUGGGUCAUCUUGGGGCACGUGAUCGUUGUCAUGUCCUCGGUUGUGGGCAACUUGCUGCAGGUCGAGGAGACCCACGUGACCCGCUGGACAUUCCAGGCCAUCUGGAACGCCACGUUCUCCGUGGACUCAUUCUUCGUGAUGAGCGGGCUUCUUGUGACCUACCUCACGCUCACAGAGAUGUCAAGGUCGGACGGGAGGGUCAACUGGGUGCUGUUUUACGUGCACAGAUACCUGCGUCUGACUCCCGUCUACAUGAUCUGUCUCGCCAUCUGGGCCGCCACGGCGCCUUACUGGUCUGACGGGCCUUUCUUCUCCCAGCAGGGGUUCGAGAAGGAUUACUGCGAGGACUCGUGGUGGGGCAAUUUGCUCUACGUCCAGAAUCUGGUCAAGUUCCCGAGCUCUUGCUUCAAAUGGGGCUGGUACCUGGCCGUGGACAUGCAGUUCUUCCUGGUGAGCCCGCUCAUCAUAGCGCCCCUGUACUUCCUCCCGCUGCUAGGUUACGCGUCUGCCGGUUUGUUCUUCCUCGCAACGACCGUCUCGCCCUUCGUUCUGACCAUGACCCGGAACUACGGCCCCGGGAUCGGCGAGGUCAAAGGUCACAAAGACGCCGGGGAUAGUUUCUACUACCUGUACUCCGCGCCCUACUGUAGGAUGGGUCCUUACAUUAUCGGUAUGUUGACGGGGUAUGUUUUGUACCGCUGUGACCUCCGGGUUCGAAUCCCGCGGGUUGUCAACCUAAUCGGCUGGGCUCUUGCUACUGCAGUCGCUCUAGCCGUCCUGUAUGGCUUGUAUCCUUACGCUGACGGGACGGAGAAGAUUGACCUAGUUUUGUCCGCCUUCUACAACAGUCUGAGCAGGUCCGCGUGGGGGUUGUGCGUGGCUUGGGUCAUCUUUGCUUGCGUCACGGGGAACGGUGGCCUUGUCAACAGUCUGCUGUCGAUGCCAGUUUGGAUACCUCUUGGCCGACUGACCUACACGGCAUACCUGACUCACCCGAUGGUCCUGACGGUGUGGGCAGUGACCAGACAGACGCCGCUGUACCUGGAUGACGUGUCUCUGGUCAUGAUUUUCCUAGCCACACUGAUGGCCACGUACGCUGUGUCCUACCUGGUCUCUUUGGCCUUUGAGUGGCCCGUGGCUGCUGUGGAGAAGCUGGUCUUUAACAGGGGAAAGAGGAGUUAGCUGUGUGUGUGUGUGUUUGUGUGUGUGUGUGUGUGUGUGUGUGUGUGUGUGUGUGUGUGUGUGUAAGUGCGUAUGCGCGUGUCUGUGUGACUUCUAGUAUAUGCCAUGGAUAUAUCUGCGAAUGUGUAUAGCUUUAAACGUUUUGGUGGUUUACGAAUUGUCGAAAAAA